UGGGGCACUUUACCCUGAGGCUGCAAAUGAAACAGAUGUGCUUGCUGUGAAUUUCUGUAGUAUCUGGACUUUUUUGUACCAAAGGUGAUAACACUUCCUUCCUGUGAUUUUUUUUUUUUCUUCUAUUUUGCACAUAUUUUUCAUCAAGGGAAUGAAAUGGAGAAGUUGAAGAAAUAUGUAUCAGUGAAAGAUGAAGAUCAGUUUUAUCAUCAGGGAGCCGUGGAGUUGCUAGUCUUUAACUUUCUGCUCAUUCUUACAAUAUUAACAAUUUGGUUGUUUAAAAACCAUCGAUUCCGCUUUCUGCAUGAAACUGGAGGAGCUAUGCUUUAUGGCCUUGUAAUGGGAUUAAUUAUACGAUAUGCAACAAAAGCAUCAGAUGUUGAAAGUGGAACUGUUUAUGAUUGUGAAAAGCUGAAAUCUGGGCCAUCCACUCUACUUAUUAAUAUAACUAAUCAGGUCUAUGAAUAUCAAUACAAAAGAGAGAUCAGCCACCACAAUGUCAAUGGUCACCAGGGCAAUGUAAUGCUUCAAAAGAUGACAUUUGAUCCUUCCAUCUUCUUCAAUAUUUUGCUGCCACCCAUUAUAUUUCAUGCUGGAUAUAGUUUAAAGAAGAGACAUUUUUUUCGUAACUUAGGAUCCAUUUUAACCUAUGCCUUUUUGGGAACUGCCGUCUCCUGCAUUGUCAUAGGGUUGAUAAUGUAUGGUUUUGUGAAGGCCAUGGUACACAUUGGCCAGUUAAAAGGAUGGGAAUUCCACUUCACUGACUGUUUAUUUUUUGGAUCGCUGAUGUCUGCCACAGAUCCAGUGACAGUCCUUGCUAUUUUCCAUGAGCUGCAUGUGGAUACAGAUUUGUAUACACUCCUGUUUGGAGAAAGUGUCCUAAAUGAUGCUGUGGCUAUCGUGCUGACAUACUCUAUAUCCAUUUACAGUCCUAAGGAGAACCCUAAUGUGUUUGAUGCUGCUGCUUUCUUCCAGUCAGUGGGAAAUUUCCUGGGGAUCUUUGCUGGAUCAUUUGCCAUGGGAUCUUCUUAUGCUGUUGUCACAGCUUUGUUGACAAAAUUUACAAAGCUGUGUGAGUUCCCUAUGUUGGAGACAGGUCUGUUUUUCCUCCUGUCCUGGAGUGCAUUCUUAUCAGCAGAAGCCGCUGGGCUUACAGGUAUUGUUGCAGUCCUCUUCUGUGGAGUCACACAGGCCCAUUAUACCUACAACAAUCUGUCACCAGAUUCCAAAAUGAGAACUAAGCAGUUGUUCGAGUUCAUGAAUUUUUUGGCUGAAAAUGUCAUCUUCUGUUACAUGGGACUCGCACUAUUCACAUUUCAAAAUCAUAUCUUCAGUCCUCUUUUUAUAUUUGGUGCAUUUGUGGCAGUUUUUGUAGCAAGAGCUUGCAACAUAUAUCCACUUUCUUUCCUGUUGAAUUUGGGUCGAAAACAAAAGAUUCCCAGGAAUUUUCAGCACAUGAUGAUGUUUUCAGGUUUACGUGGUGCAAUAGCAUUUGCAUUGGCUAUUCAAGACACAGAAUCCCAACCCAAACAAAUGAUGUUUACAACAGCACUGCUUAUUGUGUUUUCCACAGUCUGGGUAUUUGGUGGCGGCACAACACCAAUGCUCACGUGGCUUCAGAUCAGAGUUGGCGUAGAUCCAGAUGAAGAUCUGAAAGCAGAAACUGCAAGCCAGAGUGCAUCUAACUUGGAUAAAAAUACAACCAAAGCUGAGAGUGCAUGGCUGUUCAGAAUAUGGUAUGGCUUUGACCACAAAUACCUGAAACCUAUCUUAACCCACGCUGGUCCACCUCUCACAACAACAUUACCUGAAUGGUGCAAUCCUGUUGCCAGGCUUCUGACCAGCCCCAGUGCAUAUGGUGAUCAACUGAAGGAUGGUGACACAGAUUAUAUCAUAAAUAAUGAUGAAUUGACGGAAAAUUAUGAAUCGUCUGCUCGUAUACGAGUGCCAGCACAAGACCAAACAGGCUCCACCCAGGCUACAGGCAAGGAAGAUAUUCACGAAGGAGACCUAGGAUUAGGAGGGUACAAACUCCAGCUUGGACACACUGCAGGUCAAACCCAGAUGACUUCAUUGGCAUGAACAGUGUAAUGGUAAUCACAAGAAAUAAGACUAAAACAAAGAAAUAAAAGAUACUAUUAUGUGAACAAGAGGCUAGAAAGUGUACUAAGCACACAAAAAAAUAAAUAUAACCUAGAUUUUUACCAACUAAAUGCCUGUUACCCCCAGGAAAGAGUUUACCAUCAUCCAUAUACCUACAACGAUAUGCAGGUUUCCGACUGCAGCAGUUUUUAAUAAAAAGAUGUAGGGCACUGCCAGCCUACCGUAAAUCCAUUACAAUCGUGUUGUCUCAGAUAGUGCUUGACUGUACCAUGCCCCUCACACAUAUACAGGCCUUUGAAUGUUGCUUUAGUCUUUAGUCAGCUGGAAUGGAGAGAAAUAUCUUCCUACCAUAUUCAUGCUCAUAUGAUGGCAUUUUUUAUAUAACUGGUCCUGAAAAGAUCCACAGAUAGCUACUACUCCAGUAGCUAUUACAUUUAUAUGGAAGCAGCAGCAGAUUUUGUCCAAUGAGCACGUGAUCUAAAAAAUACUGAAAACACGCAUCGCAGCUUCUCACUCUUGAUAGAUCAAGCUCCUUCGUGCCCACAGUAUAGACUUUUCCUGACAACCAGCCCAACACUUGCUUUCUAAAUGCACCUUAUAGCCUACUCCAUAUAGGGUUGCCACAAACUGAACUUUGAUAGUAGGAGACAGUCUAUGAAAUCAGCAACAAAUCCCUGUUUAUUGCUGCACUGAAUGGGCAUGACCACUAUUUAAACAGCAGUUAUUCCAACAAGGCAUUUGUCAUUACACCUUUGCAGCACACAAAGUUUACAUGCUGGGAAAAGUUUUGUUGUUUUGCAAGAUCAUUCUAAAUGUAUGUUUUGAUUUAGGAAGUUGACUGUUUCAUUUUUUUAUUGUUCAAGGAAAGUUUUGUUGGUUCUCAUCAAAUGUUUCUGCAAAACAGCUGUAUCUUAAGAUUGGCUACUCCAGUGAUAAAUUUGUCCAUAUAUUUAUGCUGGCACUCGAUACCACACUAGUGAUGAGGACAGUGGUGGUUAGAUAUAAAAAAAACAAGAGGAGACUAAGUAUGAAAGUAUUGAUUUGUCUGCAUAAAUGCAGUAACUGGAUAAACAACUGGUCAACCAUACAUACAGCUAGCUGCCUAAACUAUUAUCAAGCAUUAGCACAGAUCAGCUUUUGCACUUAUCAGCUAAGUAGUGCAAAUACAGGAAUAGAGCCAGGCUUUUGUUGUUAGAGCACGUGCCUUUUUUCACCACAGAAGUUUCAACUAACAGCACAUGAUAAUGUUCCUACUAAGUUAAAUCACAAGGAGUUUUUAACUAAGGUCAUUCUUAAUAUACAAAGACAAGGAGCAAGCAAGAAAUUUGUAAUCUAUAAGAAUAAAAAUCAAGUCAUCUCCAUGAAUGAUCAUAAAGCUGAAUAGGUCUUGAUUUCACUACAGAUGGAAGCUGAAAUACAGACUUAAAUAUAAUCAAGUUUUAGUCAUUCUUUUCUAAGCUAAUUAAUUUCUGGUUAAAUGUGACUAGAACAGCUGUUUUAAGCAUAAAUUUGAACACUGGAGUUCUAUACGCUGUUACAAAAGAUCAGAAGCUUAAACUGGCAUUUUAUUUUCCCCUAAAUACUAACCAAGGAACUUCAAAGGAUCUUAAUCCCCAUGUGGUUUAAAACAAAUAAUAUUUAGGCAUGAUAACAAGUUCUGAGAACUAAUUAAUUUCCAACACCCUGUUUUGCCUUGUUUAGCUGCGUGAGGUGGGAAGAGAUGCACAGCAGGUUGCAAGAAGGGAUGGAGAAUGAAUGAAGAGCUUAGGUUUUAUGGCCUAGUACUGCACACCCCACAGCAUGCAGUGGGAGACAGCAAAGAUAACAGGAGGCAGGAUAAGCAGGUAGAGACACACCGCAGUGAGGUGAAUAUGUGGCAACACAAUAAGAAGGAAUUAUCAUGGAUGGGUGCCAACACAGUUCUGAUUUCAGUAGCCAGAGUUUCCAAUUUCAAUCUUCGGAAGUAUUGAGUGCAUGUCACCAGGCUUCCUAAGCUCCUUGGGCAGCAUGGAUCCCAGUCCUUAGAUUAUAUUGCAAAUCAAUAAACUGCUGCAGUAUUAUGAAGAUGCAAAGCUGUUUUUCACAACUGCUACAUGAACUGGAAAUUACAAGCUCUUCACCAACAGUUCUGCUCUCAGAUUCUACACUGAAAUGCAUCCUGCAACAUACUCUACAGGGUUUUUACUGAUUUAUUUAUUGUGCCUAUGUCUAAAUUUCACACGCUUGUGCAAUGUGAUAAAUUGAGAGCUCUGGGGUCUGAAAUUCUCUGUUUAUCAAAAAAGUCUGUAGUGAAUACUCUCCACACUGUUCUGCCUGGGUGCCUUAAGGGACUACUUUACUUGGUAAAGAAAGUCAUUCCUUGCAACAGAAGAGUCCAUACUUCACAUCCUCACAGGUCAGAUUUUCAUGCUAGGACUAUCAAGAGGAUGAAUCAGUGGUCCCAGCAGGAUGGGUAUUUAUCCUCUGGGACCAUGCUCAGCAACCAAAGUAUCAUUAGAUUUUAGGAAAACUAGUAAUUCGAUCUGCAAGCAAACCUGAAACUUCUACUAAAUGGCAAUAAAAGUCUUGAUUAUCCAUUACACUAUUCAGCCUUACCAUUUCAUAAUUUUAAGACAUUCUUUUCAUGACAUGCAGAUCGAGAGUUAAAACAUUAGAACAGAUGAUAUAUUUGUAUUGAAGGAGAAAUUACUGGCAACUAGUAAUUGUGCGUGACUGUUUAAACAGAGUAAUAGAUGUUAAGAGAGGCCUUUAAUGUUAAUUUACAGUUCAUAUGCUGGAGAUUUAAACUUCUCAAUAUCACACAGUGUUUGACUGAAUGUGCAAGUCACUCGUGAUAAAUG